GUUCUAAUAUAAUCCAAAUCGCAUCUUUGUUUUACUUAUACUUUACUAAUCAUAAUUCCGCUGAUUAAAGUGUUUAUUAAUACAUCUUUUGUAUUCAUUUCACAAAUAGUUUUCAUUAGGUCAUGGGCCCAGACGCCCGAUUAGUUUAGAAUACGUAAAAGUCUUAAAAAACGUUUCACCACGCGGAUGCAUUUGGAUUAGAUCGGUGUUAAAAUAUCGAUCAAAAAUGGCCGUCGCAGGCGCACACGGUUUCGCCCCAAUUGAAAGAUUAUCUGGGCGCGACAAUUAUGGCACGUGGAGUUUUGCCGUAAAAACAUAUUUGGAGCACGAAAAUCUUUGGAAGUGCAUCGACGUGGCGCCGGAUGCAACGCUUACGAAGGAGGAAGACAUAAAGGCAAGAUCUAAAAUCGUCCUUCUUGUGGAACCAAUGAAUUAUAUUCACAUACAGGAAGCAAAGAGUGCGAAGGAGGUAUGGGAUAACUUAAGAAGGGCUUUUGACGACUCAGGCCUGUUGAGAAAGCUAUGUUGCAGCGUUUCCAGCCUCGCCUGGGUUGGAAAAUGGAUGCUGGUACAUUGAUUCAGGAGCUGCGAUGCACAUGACAAACAAGAGAGAAUGGCUAUAUGACUUUGGACCUGCUUCGGUAACAAACAUUAAGGUAGCAGAUAAUAAAAUAUUAACAGUAAAAGGCUGUGGUAAAGUAAAUAUAGAAACAUAUAAUAGUGAGAAUAAAGAGAAAAUAGGUACUAUACAGGUCAAAAAUGUUCUGUAUGUGCCCGAAUUAGCUGUCAAUUUACUGUCAGUUCGUCAGAUAACACAGAAUAACUGUCAAGUGAAGUUUACGAAGGAUUGUUGCAAAGUAUAUAAAGAUUCUAAAUUAAUUCUCACAGGAUAUACAAGGAACAAUUUGUAUGUAGUUCAUAAUGAAACCUUUGCUUUAUUGUCUACAUUACAUUUAUGGCAUCAAAGGAUGGGUCAUCUAAAUUAUAAUGAUCUUCAGAAACUUAACGAGUCCACAGAUGGAGCAGAUAUAGAGUCGAGUAAGGACAAUGUGGUAUGCAACACAUGUCUGAAAGGCAAACAAACAAGGCAGCCUUUCAAGAACACUGGUACAAGAGCUUCCGCCCUCUUGGAGUUGAUACAUUCAGAUGUAUGCGGACCUAUGGAGGAAAAGUCUCUCGGAGGUGCCAGAUAUUAUGUCACAUUUCUCGACGAUUAUUCUAGAAAGGUAUUUGUUUACUUUAUACACUCUAAAUCUCAAGUACUCGAAAAGUUUAAAGAAUUUAAGAAUUUUGUAGAAAAUCAAUUAAAUGCAAAAAUUAAAACACUAAGAUGUGAUAAUGGCAAAGAAUAUGUUAAUGAGGCAUUUGAUAAUUUUUGUAGAAAUUCAGGUAUUAAACGUCAGUUGACAAUACCCUAUACUCCUGAACAGAACGGUAUGAGCGAGAGGAUGAAUCGAACAUUAGUAGAACGCUCUAAGUGUAUGCUUAUGAA